UUUUUUGCAGUUGGCAACAUUGUAUUCUUCCAGAAUCAAAAAAGUGUGACGGGCGAUUAUUUUAUGAUUUUUGUGUUAAAUUUCUAUUAAAAAUGUCGACAGUUGCAACAGCUUUGUCCGUCGCAGGAACCAGAUCAUCAGGGUCAUCAGUCAGAACUCAAAAUGUAAUGGCAGCGGCAGCUAUUGCCAACAUAGUGAAGAGUUCGCUGGGCCCUGUGGGCCUUGAUAAAAUGCUGGUAGAUGACAUUGGAGAUGUAACUGUCACUAAUGAUGGAGCUACUAUCCUCAAGAUGUUGGAAGUGGAGCACCCUGCUGCUAAAGUGCUGGUAGAGCUGGCACAGCUGCAGGAUGAAGAAGUCGGAGACGGUACCACAUCUGUUGUCAUUAUCGCUGCUGAGUUACUCAAGAGCGCAGAUGAGUUAGUGAAGAACAAGAUUCACCCUACAAGUAUUAUCUCUGGUUACCGACUAGCAUGCAAAGAGGCUGUCAAGUAUGUGCAGGACAACCUUACAGUCACUGUGGAGUCGCUAGGCAGAGCCUCUAUCGUCAAUGCUGCCAAGACCACCAUGUCUUCAAAACUUAUUGGAGCUGAUGCUGAUUUCUUCUCUGAAAUGGUAGUGGAUGCUGCACAAGCUAUCAAGGUUACAGAUUACAAAGGAAACCCCUCAUACCCAAUCAAGGCUGUAAACAUCUUGAAGGCCCAUGGGCGCAGCGCCCGGGAGAGUGUCCUGGUUAAGGGUUAUGCUCUCAACUGCACUGUGGCCUCACAGGCUAUGCCCAAGAAGAUUUUAAAUGCGAAGAUCGCAUGCCUCGACUUCUCACUGCAGAAGACUAAGAUGAAGCUUGGAGUUCAGGUCCUAGUUACUGAUCCCGAAAAACUGGAAGCCAUUCGCGCUCGUGAGCUGGACAUCACCAAAGAGCGUCUGCAAAAGAUCCUGGCGACCGGCGUCAACGUUAUAUUGUGCUCGGGCGGUAUUGAUGACCUGUGUCUUAAGUACUUCGUGGAGCAUGGUGCCAUGGGCGUGCGAAGGUGCAAGAAGGCUGAUCUGAAACGUAUCGCUAAGGCGACCGGAGCUGCCUUCCUCACAUCUCUCACGAACAUGGAGGGUGAAGAAGUAUUUGAGCCCAGCAUGAUUGGAGAGGCUGCUGAAGUUGUACAAGAACAGAUCUGUGAUGACCAACUUAUUCUUAUUAAGGGGCCAGUAGCGCGCACGGCGGCGUCAAUAAUCCUCCGCGGGCCGACGGACGCGUACUGUGACGAGAUGGAGCGCUCGGCCCACGACGCGCUGUGCGCCGUGCGCCGCGUGCUGGAGUCGGGGCGGCUCGUGCCCGGCGGCGGCGCCGUCGAGGCUGCGCUCUCCAUCUACUUGGAGAAUUUCGCCACCACACUGAGCUCUCGCGAGCAGUUAGCGAUUGCCGCCUUCGCGCAGUCGUUGCUCGUCAUCCCGAAGACGCUAGCCGUGAACGCCGCGCGAGAUGCCACCGAUCUAGUUGCUAAGCUGCGCGCCUAUCACAACUCUUCACAAACUAAGGUUGAGCAUGCCAACCUCAAAUGGGUAGGUCUAGACCUGACAGAAGGUGUGUUGCGUGAUAACUUAGCUGCAGGAGUCCUUGAGCCAGCCAUCUCCAAGGUGAAAUCUCUCAAGUUCGCGACAGAAGCCGCAAUCACGAUCCUUCGUAUCGACGACAUGAUCAAAUUGGAUCCCGAAGAAAAGGGCAGGAGCUACGAAGAUGCGUGCCACGCCGGAGAACUAUAAUAAAUAAGUCAUCAAGCUAAAUUACACUUACAACUAACGUAACAUUUAUGUAAUUUAAUUCCUAUGUUAUGGUGUUAUGUUAGGAGUAAGCUCCACGGCGAUCUCAGUACCGCACAUGACUGAAUUUAAUACACCCAAACAUGAUAUCACAUCAUGGAGGCCUGUCUGCGUGCGUACAUCCUUUGCCACUAAAUUCCCGUCUCGUGUAAAGCUAGCAUUGUCUAGAAUGAAUUGUUACUAAUGGAGCCACUGUGGUGCUAAUUGUAUUGUUCGAAUUUGCAAUUAUAAUCCCAAAAAUACAUAUUUUUACUAUAAUACGAAUAGUUCAAAUGUGCUGAGAUCAAUCUUUGACAUAUUAUUAUUAUAGAAUGCUUGAGAUGCAUGUAUGUCGGUGUACUAUUGAGGUGUACGUCGAAGUGUGGAACUAACAUGUCACAGAGAACAUCUCUUAUGCCUUUAUUACUCUAAAAUUUUACUUGGUAAGAUAUGAAACAGUAUAAUUUUAAUUUCAUUUAUGCAUCUUCACUGCAAAUACAUGCGUUGUGAUCUGUCACUCUGUUACUAUUUUAGUUUAUUCAUCCAGUGAAAUGGUUAUUUAAGUAUUACUUUAAAACAAUCAUUAGAUUGUGUAUGGUCAGUUUAUAUUAUGUCAUGUAUAUCUGCAGGGUUAAACACCGUCACAACAAUUUGCAUCUAUGGAAGAUUAAUUUAAUUUAAGGAACCGUCUUUGCUUUUAACAUUAAAAUACUAGUUUAUUUGCUAGGGUGUCUUGAGCGUCACACUGAUAAUAAAAUUUUAAUACUAUUA